UAACACCGUUCAUACUACCGAUCCGUUCUAGUCUAGACGCCUUAUACGUCUGGUUGAUCGGGGACCGUCGUCAAGCUGGGAUGUACAAAUUGGCAAGCGGUGCCAGGACACUCACUACCCAACAACUACUACUACUGCAGAUUCCGACGCUAUUUUCCGGUCCCACCGUGACGCACGGGCCUCUUGCUAUCGCCCCUUCUUCGACAACGACAACAAGCCGUAGAAUGACAUCGAAAGCGACGGCUACCUACGAUGGCCGCAUUGUGGCUAGAAUUCUCCCUCCCAAUGCUUGCAACGCCGCCUUUGAUUUGCAUCACGAUAUUCGUGGUCCACGUAUGGAUCCGACGCUUCUCAAAGCCGGCGCGGGCUACCUUGCGCAUCGGGCGUCCGUACCGAUCACGCAGUCGACCGACGCUGCGGUCGGCGCUUCACUGUUAGGGACGGAAUAUUCCUCCGAGCAGAACUGGACUACUCUGGAUGUAUACGUGUACCCUCAAUCUGCACGGGGCGGUAUGGACACUACUGGAUCUUCCGGGGAGUCGUCGUCGGUGGUGGCUGCCACUGCGACGCACAUUCACAUGCAACGUCACUCUUCCGAAACACUGGAAAAGACGCUAGCACGCAUGGGGUUGUCGCUUUUUAAAAAACUCUCCGAAAGUACCAAACACUGCCACAAACGCACCAGAGCAUACAAAGCCCGAAACACUCAACUCUCUUGCAACGCCACUAUUUGGAAGGUCGACCCCGAAAGUGGCGUGCCCACUACACCAUGGGAUUGCCAGUCUUUGACCAAUUACAAUGCUUGGAGCGAGGCCAGAUAUACACCUUUGGCGAUACAAAUAUCUUUGGUAGAUGUCGAGCUCAGCGAAAUGGACGGUUCUUCAUCCGUGCCUCAGACCUUGACGUUUGCGGUAGAAAGUUGCCCACCGACAGUGACAACAGUACGCACUUUUUCGGAUUGGGAAUCCUAUUUGUAUCCCAGCGUACCAAUAGUUGUCCAGACAGAAACCAUGUACAAAUCGGACCAGUGCAUGGUCGACUGGUACGUGAAUGGACAACUUCUGCAAUCAAACUCUCAUUCGUACACACCCACUGAAGCAGAUUUGGGCAAAUCGGUGGCAAUCCUUGUCACCCCGAUACGCAAAGGGCAGCACGACGGCGCGGGAUGUCAAGAAGCGUACCAAUUUUCGACUUUGGUCCAGCCUUUACCGGAGAAUCUGAUAUUGAGUUUGCGACCCAAAUGGAUAGCUCCGCGUUGUGAUCGGUCUUCAGGGGAAGCGAGCGAUGCACCGUUACGAAUCAUGACGUACAAUGUCCUGGCCGAUCAAAACGCCUUUGAUUUUGGCGUGUCCGGUAAGGUGGCCCACUCCUACGCGGAAUACUUGACGCCCCAAGUGCUAAAGCGUGAACGCCGACUGCCUCUAAUUUUACACGAGAUACUGGCGCAUCAAGCCGAUGUUGUUUGUUUGCAAGAAGUCGACGAAUACGUGUACGAAACAUUAUUUAAGUCUGCGCUUCGCUACGCUGGAUACGACGGGUUUUUCACAAGUAAGGAGAAUGAAGGAAGCCGGGAAGGAUGCGCGACGUUCUGGUUGACCACUCGAUUCGAUCCAGUGCCGGAAUCAAAUAAAAAAUCCCACCUGAUCCGUGACAUGUUCCCUUUCGAAAGCAAGACCGACGAUCAGGAGUGGACUGCCUUGAAUGAUAUUGCCGGUUUGCUAGGCAAGCGCCGAGAUUUACGUUAUAUUGUUGCUGCAAAGUUGGGUCACAUCCUCCACUUAGUUCCUCUACAGGUCAAAGGCGACACGAAGACAAUUUGGGUUGCCAACACACACCUUUUCUACCAUCCCGAUGCAUCACAUAUACGCCUCAUGCAAAUGUAUUUGAUUUGCCGGGAAUUGUCCGAAUCGUUGAAAACGAAAGAUGGUGGUAUCGUAUUGUGCGGAGACAUGAACAGCUCGUUAACAAAUUCUCCAGGUAAGCUACUUAUUGACCGCAUCGUCCCAAAGAACUUUCGGAAUCUACGAACAGACCUAAAUGGAUUCCGAUGGAGCCGUCAAUGGCGACAACCUGAUUCCCCAAAUGCAUUUGACGACGAUUUUCCGUCGCUUUCGCUACCCGAUUCUUUUCCGAUCCUAAGGUCGGCGCUGUCAGAAACACCAGCUUUUACUCACUUUAUCGGUGGUCUCGAACGCGGAUUCCGAGGCACGCUAGAUCAUAUCCUUGUAAGUCCCGAUCUGAUACCUCUGAAAAGUGGCCCAAUGCCAUCCAUGCGCGACGUUACCCGAGAUACCGCAAUGCCAAGUGAAAGAAUACCGAGUGAUCACGUAAGCCUCAUUUGCGAGGUCGACAUGACGAAAAUGUCGUCUAGUCGAUGA